GAUAAAUCUGUUAGUCAAGAUUAUUGAUCAGUGAAAUUAAAUCUAGAGGUUUGAUGAGUUGGAUCUUACUAUAUCUAACUUAGAUAUUUAGCAUAUGUGGACUUUGUAGAAAAAUAUAGGUCAUGUUUGGUUGGGCAUGAAGCAGAUUAUCAUGGGAGAUGUAAUUAAGACCCAAUAGAGUGACAUGACAUAUUUCAUCAGGUCUCCGAUAUUGGAGCAAUGUAUGCUUUUAAGAUAAUGGUUUCAUGUCAAAAUGAUCUUGCUUGAUGCUGAAUUCAUGCUCGACUAGUAAGUCGGGAUUAACCACGACUGUAAUUUUGACCCAAGUGUCACUCCACCUUGACCUGGAGACUUGUGUUUAAACUCGGGGUGAUGUUUGCUAGAAGCUUGGUGACUAAUAGGUUGACACACGCUGGCUCGGUAUGCUUUACAUGGAAGUGGUCUUUUACAAUCUCGUAAUUGAUUACCAUCUUGCGGAGCAUGCCACCAAUCUCACCUGAUAAUUUGUAGGUCUCCUAUAUAUGUUUGCUAAAAUGAAUCAAAUCGGAAUUUAUAUGGAACAGUUGAUUAUAUAAAUGUUGUCAGCAGUCAACAGUGUAACCUACGAGUAAAGCUUGUCUGGUCAGAGAUCCCGAACAAGAAAUGAGCUAAACGUCCUACAAGUCAUCCCAAAUCCAUAUAUCACUGUACGUGGUACUAAAUCUGGAUGUUGGAAAUGACAAUACUUCAAGAGGAAAAGAGGGUUGGGUUUCAAGUAUUCCCAACAAGGGGCAUUACAACAUGUAUAUUUGGCUAGUACGAGUUAUCAGUUGGAUUCAUGGACCAUGUGCAGAGCAAUCACUGGCAAGCUUAAUUUCCUUUACCAUGCUAAACCAUUUCAAAAGUAUAACUCGAUCUUCAACAGAUGCUUCGAUUGAGAGAAGUCAAUACACAAUGUGUCUCUGCAACUAUUUUACUUGGUAAAAUGAAGUUCUUGGUACAGACAGAAUUGUACAUACUAUCGGUCAGAUUGGAAGCCAAUUUCCAUUACUGUUUACAAUGCAACCAAACAAUCAGUAAGCAGGUAAUGAAUCGAUUGGAGGCUUCGGCGACUACAGCUGGGAAUGGGAUGCAAUUUGGCUUUAUCUACAUUUUGUGAAUAUAUAGAGUAUUUCACCAUCUUUCUUAUCGAACUUUCUCGAUAUUUCCGUCGAAAUAUCUAUUUUUCGGACCGGUCGAAAUUUCGUCCAUGAGUCGAUAUUUUGGUCCCUGGAACUGAUAGUCUUUCUGAAAUUGAAGCAUGGGAGACAAAUGGAAGCACACAGCUCUCCUUGUCGUUGACAUGCAGAAAGAUUUCAUAGAUGGUCCUGUGCUAGGGAAAGCAGGCAAAGCCAUAGUCCCAAAUGUAAUAGAGGCAGUUCAAAUCGCUAGGCAGCGUGGCAUUCUCGUAGUUUGGGUUGUGCGUGAACAUGAUCCACUAGGAAGAGAUGUUGAGCUAUUUCGCCGGCAUUUCUAUUCUGCUGGGAAGGAGGGUCUAGCGGUUAAGGGUCAGAUAGGUGCUGAACUUGUUGAUGGGCUUGUGAUUGAAGAAGGGGACUAUAAAUUAGUCAAGACCCGGUUUAGUGCAUUCUUUGCUACACACCUUGAUUCGUAUCUCAAGACUAAUGGAGUUGACAGUUUGGUUGUCAUUGGUGUUCAGACUCCAAACUGCAUUAGGCAGACUGUGUUUGAUGGCGUAGCUUUGGAUUACAAAUCUAUUACAGUUAUUGUUGAUGCCACAGCUGCUGCUACAGCUGAUGUACAUGCCGUUCUCUGAACCAGCCAAUAUAUUUGACAUGAAGAAUGUUGGAGUUGCAACACCAACCUUACAAGAAUGGGUUUGAAUCAGGCGCUUGAUCCUCAAUCUGGAACCUUUACAAAUCCUUGAUUGUUGCAAUAAUAUGGUCCUGUAUGUGUAGACCAAUGAAAGAGCUGCUUCCUUCCUUUAGUUUGAUUGUAUAUUAUGCAUAGCAUUUCAGUAAAACCAGUACAACUUAGAUCUACACCAGCUUUGAUGUAAGGAAAAACAACACAAGGAAAUAAAUGUCUGCUGGCUAUGGAAGCCCUGUAUGGACAUACUUAUCUUUAGUUUGCAGAAGUGCUUGUACAGAUUCCAUUUUCUCGAUCUUAUAUUGCUGAUGCCUAACAUAUGAUCAUUUAAU